AUUUUAAAUAAGUGCAAUGACGGUGUAAAUCCAAUCAAAUUGCUUCUUUUAAACACAUCAGCAUCCAAUACUUCAAAAUUAUUUUACUGAAUUAAUAUAAUUAAAAAAAUAAAUAAUAAUACUUAUCCAGAUGAUGAUGGAUGGAAAUUCUUUGGGUGCGUUUGGUCUGUACUUGCUGUUUUGCAGACCAAACGCACCCAAAGAAUUUGAUUGGAUGACAGUGUAAAAUUCAGUUUACACCGUCAUUGCAAUUAUUUAAAAUUUGGUUCUUACACUCUCGACCUCGACUAAUAUUUGUAGUCGGGUCGGGAACCCACCCUCACCUCUCAGAACAAAUCAUUCAUUACGCUAGCCACCAUAACACCUCAGAAAACCCCACACAACCAUCGUGGGAGAGAUGUCUCUGUCUUUACGGUUCCGCCGUGUAAAACAAAUCUCAAGAUUUCUCGAAUACUCAGGUGAUUGUUUUAAGCACCAAUGUGACAAAGGCUUAAACUCACUUCCAUUUUCAACUAAACCAGUUGUUAAUGAUGGUUUAGUGAGAGGGUUUCACUUUCAUCAACAUAGGUUUCCUGACUUCUGAUUGACAGCCAUAUUCAGGUUUUCAACUCUCAACAUUAGUUGAUGUAUUACAUAAAUAUGCUCCUGAAGUUGAUCUUUUGUCUUUUAUAAAAUCAUCGCUCGAUACACUUGAAGGCACCGAUCAUUACUGGUUAAACAGAUCUGUUAAAAAUGAAGAAUUUUUUGGAAUUCAUGGAACUUUUUUAGUUCUUGCUGCAAACAAUUUUGAUUGCGGCAUUAUGUUUCAAAAAUUGAAGACAAUUCAGGAGAGGUUCCCUCAUAUUACUAUUAUGGGCAUUAAACUAAUUAAUUCUUCGGAUCGAGAGAACCAAAUCCAGUUUCUGAUGACAGAAAAUAUCACAUUCCCUAUUUUGUUGUCUCAGCGGACAUUUCCUCAGAUAAAGGAAGGUGCAUGCUACAUAUUAUUUAGAAAUUUUAAGAACCCAAAGAUUUACAAUGAGAAUGACGUCAGUCCCGAAAUUUUAUGCCAAGAUAUUCAGGAAUUAAAGAUGCAACCAAGUGAUGAUUCUGAUUGGCUCAAUGUUGUGAGGUCUACAACUUGGAGGCAGGAUCUUAUAGCUAAAGAUGAAUAUAUAUGUUCUCCUCUACAGAAUUUAGUUCUAUAUUACCCAGGUUGUGUCUCUGCAGAUGAAAGUGCAAACCGCCUCUUCAUUUCUGAUUGCAAUCAUCAUAGAAUUAUUGUAUGUGAUGACAAUGGGAAGAUUAUGGAUUGUAUAGGCUCUUCCCCAGGAUUUGAAGAUGGUGAUUUUGAAUCUGCUAAAUUAAGGCGUCCGGCUGGUUCUUAUUACAAUGCUACUGAGGAUUGCUUAUAUUUUUUGGAUUCAGAGAAUCAUGCUAUAAGGAGAGCGGACAUGGAAGCACGUCUAGUGGAAACUCUUUACCCGAUAAGCACCGAUAACAAGGGAGGUGGAAUAUUCAACUGGAUCUUAAAUAAGCUUGGUCUAGAAACCAGUGUGAGGAAUAUGGAAAAAUCUGAAGUAUUAGAUCCGAAGCGGUUAUAUUUCCCUUGGCAUCUGUUGAAAUCUGAUGAUGAUGACACUAUAUAUAUUAUAGAUCGCAGGUUUCAAACUUUAUGGACCAUGGAUUCCGGUUCAGGAAAAGUAGACAAAAUUUUUGAAGGUUCUCCUAAAAUUCUUGAGAUCUGCGGACAGCUAAUCAGACAGAAUUUAUCCACCUUCGAUAAGAUUCCCUGUGACCAGUUUCAACAGAAAACUAAUAAUGUGUUUGCGCUGGAUGGCCUCCCACAUUCUGAUCGUUUAUCUUCAUUGACAACGUUGCAGAAUCACAUGUUCAUUUGUGAUAAGGUUCGACAGAGGAUUCUGAAGGUCAAUAUUGAAUCUGGAGUUUGUUUGGAUUUCGAGCUAUCUAAUUUUGGGUUACUUGGAUUUCCUUAUUGGUUGAAUUCCCCUCUGGAGACAUGUUAUGCUGGUGGAAAUGGACUUUCAGAUACAGCAAUUGAUCAUCUUCAACAAUUUGAUUUGCUACCAGGCAAUAUUGACAUAAAGUUGAGUGUGGAUGUUCAUGCUGAUAUUGAGGUUGUAGAGCCACUACGUGAAUCCUGUAUAUGGCGCCAAGCAAGAGGUGCAGCUGCUGAAAUCACUGGAAUGGAUGAUCCACGAUCCAUGGAUAAGGUUGGAGUUGCACAACAGUGGUACGAUGAAUUGGAUGAUCUUGCCUCUCCAAAAGCUGAUCCUGAAUCUGAAGUGAUUGAAGAUGACCUGGAUCAAAAUACAGCUAUGGAAGAUGAUAAAAUUCGCAUCAACAGUUGUGUCGGAACUAGCCCAGGAACAAGUGAGGUUAUUAUUUUCGCUGUACUGUAUUGUAAACUUAGAAAAAUUCCAAACACAAACUACGGUAACCAGGAGAAAUAUGCAGCAAGGAUUCUUGAUUUUCUGAGCUCAAAGAGAUCUGGUAAAAGAGAGAGAGAUUCAUGGAAUGCAUAUCUAUUGCAAUCUAAAGGUGAUUUAAGAGAUCUUAUUUUCACUAAACUAGUACACAUCAGAGUAAGAAUAAAUACUUCUGAUCAUCCUAAGGCUGAAAAUGAUAGGGAUUUUAUCUUAACAGACUCCACAAUUAAGGUGAAUGUGUUACUCAAUUGACAGUAGAUUUUAGGAGCACGGCUUGAAAUUAUUUUUACCAUGUCCCGUGUUUUAUUCUUUUGAUUGUAAAAUCAAAUUGGUAUCAACCAACUUUUUGCUACGUUGUUUCAAGAGUACUGGCUGAAAGAUGUGUAUCGGUUAUGAACGAUAUUUCAUUUGUUUUAAAAUUGAUAUUUUGUUUCUGGAAUUUUAGUGUCAAUUGUACAAGAACUAGAAUGUCUUGUGAAAUGAGAUGUAAAAUGGUCUCUUUGUUAUAUAUUGGAGACUUUGUUUUUGACAA